AUGUACGUCAAGAAGCGCGAUGGGCGCCAGGAACGCGUCCAGUUCGACAAGAUCACGGCCCGUGUGUCGCGACUUUGUUAUGGCCUCGACAUGGAUCAUGUCGACCCCGUCGCCAUCACCCAGAAAGUUAUCUCGGGUGUUUAUGGUGGUGUCACAACGGCCCAGCUCGACGAUCUGGCCGCCGAAACUGCCGCGUACAUGACUGUCACGCAUCCCGACUACGCCAUCCUAGCUGCUCGCAUCGCUGUCUCCAACCUCCACAAGCAGACCAAGAAGCAAUGGUCGCAAGUUGUCAGUGAUCUGUACCACUAUGUGAACCCCAAGAACCGCACCCCCUCCCCCAUGAUUGCUCAGGAGACGUACGACUGCGUCAUGCGCCACAAGGAGGACUUCGACUCAGCAAUUGUCUACGACCGUGACUUCAACUACCAGUACUUUGGCUUCAAAACACUGGAGCGGUCCUACCUCUUGAAGCUCAAUGGCAAGAUUGUCGAACGCCCCCAGCACAUGAUUAUGCGUGUCGCUGUCGGUAUCUGGGGAGACAACAUCGAGAAGGUCCUUGAGACAUACAACCUCAUGUCGAGCAAGUUCUUUACACAUGCCUCGCCCACUCUUUUCAACGCCGGCACCCCGCAGGCCCAAUUGUCAUCCUGUUUCCUGGUUGAUAUGAAGGAUGAUAGCAUUGAGGGUAUCUACGACACACUCAAGACUUGCGCUAUGAUCUCCAAGAUGGCGGGUGGCAUCGGUCUCAACAUCCACCGCAUCCGCGCCACUGGCUCAUACAUUGCCGGCACCAACGGCACCUCCAACGGCAUUAUUCCCAUGCUUCGUGUUUUUAACAACACGGCCCGCUAUGUCGACCAGGGCGGCAACAAGCGCCCUGGUGCGUUUGCCAUCUACCUUGAGCCUUGGCACGCGGAUGUUUUCGAGUUCCUCGACCUCCGCAAGAAUCACGGAAAGGAAGAGAUCCGUGCUCGCGAUCUAUUCCUCGCCUUGUGGAUCCCCGACCUUUUCAUGAAGCGUGUCGAGAAGAACGGCGACUGGACGCUUAUGUGCCCCAACGAGUGCCCUGGUCUUGCCGAUUGCUAUGGCGACGAGUUCGAGGCUCUGUACGAGAAGUACGAGAGGGAGGGCCGUGGUCGCAAGACCAUCAAGGCUCAGAAGCUGUGGUAUGCCGUUCUCGAGGCCCAGACCGAGACCGGCAAUCCCUUCAUGCUCUACAAGGAUGCGUGCAACCGCAAGAGCAACCAGAAGAAUCUCGGCACAAUUCGCAGCUCCAACCUGUGCACCGAGAUCAUUGAGUACUCUGCUCCCGAUGAGGUUGCUGUCUGCAACUUGGCAUCUUUGGCGCUGCCUCAGUUCAUCAACUACAAUCAGAGCACCUAUGACUUCCAGAAGCUGCACGAUGUGACUCAGGUUGUCGUCCGCAAUCUGAACAAGAUCAUUGACGUCAACCACUACCCAGUUAAGGAGGCAUACAACAGCAACAUGCGUCACCGCCCCAUCGGCGUCGGCGUUCAGGGUCUGGCAGAUGCCUUCCUGGCACUGCGCAUGCCCUUCGAGUCCCCCGAGGCCCGUGAGCUCAACAAGCAGGUUUUCGAGACGAUUUAUCAUGCGGCCUUGACUGCCUCGUGCGAUAUUGCCAAGGAAGAGGGCCCAUACUCAACCUAUGAAGGCUCCCCCGUGUCCCAGGGUAUCCUCCAGUACGAUAUGUGGAAUGUAAAGCCCAGCAGCCUGUGGGACUGGGAUUCACUGAAGGCCAAGAUCAAGGAGCAUGGCGUGCGGAACAGCUUGCUCCUUGCCCCAAUGCCUACUGCGUCGACCUCGCAGAUUUUGGGCAACAAUGAGUGCUUCGAGCCCUACACGUCCAACAUCUACCAGCGCCGUGUGCUUGCUGGCGAGUUCCAGGUCGUCAACCCUUGGCUGCUGAAGGACCUCGUCGACAUGGGUCUUUGGUCGGACAACAUGAAGAACCGCAUCAUUGCCGAGGGCGGUUCGAUUCAGAACAUUCCCAACAUCCCGAAUGAUGUCAAGGCCUUGUACAAGACCGUCUGGGAGAUCUCUCAGCGCACUAUUGUACAGAUGGCUGCCGACCGUGGCGCCUUCAUCGAUCAGUCCCAGUCUCUGAACAUCCACAUGCGUGAACCAACCAUGGGCAAGAUCACCAGCAUGCACUUCGCCGGCUGGAAGCUCGGUCUCAAGACGGGCAUGUACUACCUCCGCACCCAGGCCGCUGCGCAGCCCAUUCAGUUUACCGUCGACCAGGAGGCGCUUCUGGUACGAGACACCAACAUUGUCAACAAGGCGUCGUCAGGCCUCAAGAAGCGCAGCCCUCCCCCUGGUUCUUACAUGUCGUCGCCCAGCGCGAUGCCCCGGCCCAUGUACGCCUACAAAGAGAGCACACCCAACAGCCUCACUCACAACGGGAUCCCGACUCCCAGCACCACACCCCCGCCGAUCAAGGUACCUACCAAUGGCGAGAUCAAGUCUCGUCCUCUGCCUUCGCCAGCGAAGCCGCCCGUUUUCAAGGCGGACGUCGAAGAGGGCGACAGCCCCAAGACGCUGCCAACUGAGCCUGCUGAGAAGAUUAAGCUCGAGGAGAUUGGCUCGCCGGCGCUCGGCGCGAAGAAAGAUGGCCAGACAGAGGACAAAGAGGACGAGAGCAAAGUCCGGGAGCUUGAUAUUUACUCCGAGGCGGUUCUUGCUUGCAGCAUUGAGAACCCCGAGUCCUGCGUUAUGUGCAGCGGCUAA